AGUGGCACUUUAAAAUCACAAAAAAGAACGUACCGUAAAACUUAAUCGAGCUCUAUACAGAUUAUUAUUUGAUAGAUACAAAUUUAAAGCAACGCAAGAUAAAAAUUCAACUCAAUAAUUUUCCAAACUAAACGAACAACCAAAAAUAUGCGACUCCUUCGCCGCGCUUAAACGUAUUAUAAAACUGCGUUUGGCUUAGUCAAAGCACUUUGAAACCUUUUACUUUCCAUCCGCUACACAAAUUAAAUUGAAAUUCGAAAGAACAAUACAUAGCAACAUACAUAGUGUACAUUCCACAUCAGUACAUUCCACGCAGUGCCGACGAUUUCAAAAUGUUCAUUUCCCCUAAAGACUAUCGCAGCGCGAACUCUUCGAACUUUGCACACGGGCUCAGCCAACAACAAAACACAUCCGCUCUACUUAUCGCCCACACCCACACCCACACAUCAGCAUCAGCAUCAGCAGCAGUGACAAAUACAAAAUCUUCUGCAUAUUCGCCACAACUAAUCCUCCGUUCAGCUGCCGCCAUUAGCCUUGAGCUGCUACAACAGACCGUGCAUGUGAACGGAAAUACGACGACGACAACCUCCGCACCGCUACUUCCGCCAUCAACACCAACAGCACUUUUCACCUAUGAGCACAACAAUGAAAGUGCGGUCGAUGGCAACGAUACUUACAAUGUGGUAACGCCGCGCAUAAGUUCGGAGAUUCCUAUUUGGCUUAUACCCUGCUACAGUGUUAUAUUCUUCUUUGCCAUUGUUGGAAAUUUGUUGGUGAUAUCAACGCUCGCGCAGAAUCGUCGUAUGCGCACCAUAACGAAUGUGUUUUUGCUUAAUCUCGCCAUAUCCGACAUAUUGCUGGGCGUACUCUGUAUGCCGGUGACGCUGGUAGGCACGCUGUUGCGCCAUUUCAUCUUCGGCGAGUUCUUUUGCAAACUCAUACAAUUCUCGCAAGCUGCCUCUGUGGCCGUCUCAUCAUGGACUUUAGUUGCAAUUUCUUGUGAACGUUAUUAUGCAAUUUGCCAUCCGUUACGCUCAAGGACAUGGCAAACGAUUAAUCAUGCUUAUCGUAUUAUUGGAUUCAUUUGGUUCGGCAGCAUUAUUUGCAUGACUCCAAUUGCAGUUUUCAGUCAAUUGAUGCCAACAAGUCGGCAAGGUUUACGCAAAUGUCGCGAACAAUGGCCCGAGGACACCAUUGCGUAUGAGCGCUCUUACAAUAUUUUCUUAGACUUGGUGUUGCUUGUGCUGCCGCUGCUCAUAUUGUGCGCCGCUUACAUACUCAUUACACGCACCCUGUAUGUGGGUAUGCGUGCAGAACGUGCUCUAAUCUUUGGCGGCUAUGCCACGGGCGGCGGCGGCGGCGGCGACACACCAGUCAAACAACACGACAGUAGUCCAUUAGAGGCAAUUGCUACAGUGACUAAGAGCUCGACGGCCCCAACAGCCGCCACACUUCAGCCAUCCAUGCUGAGAG